AUGUUGGUAACUCACGUUCCAGCCGCAUCUUCUGCCAGUUGUGUGGGCCUUGUGAAUUUCAAGGACCCGGAUGUAGAUCCCUCCGCCCGCUGGGGGAAGGGCUGGACUGUCCCGCAGCUGCGCCCCCUCUCGGUUCUGAGAGCUUCGCCGGGCUUUGUUCAUGCUGUGCUGGGCUCCUUCUCUGGGCUCGUUCUGCACCUCACUGCCUCUGUGAACCAGGCGGAGGCUUCACGGGACAACACCCCCGAUUCCCUGUGGCCCAGCUGCUUAAGGGUGCCGUCUAGAAGCCCUGAAUCACAACAUGAUCCAGCUUUGACUUUCUGCAGAGGUGAGGACUCCAUCAGCACCCUGGGCCUGAUCCUUGGCGUGGGGCUCUCGCUGCUGCUCGUGUCCGUCCUGGGCUACAGCCUGGCCAAGUGGUACCAGCGUGGGUACUGCUGGGAGGGGCCUAAUUUUGUCUUCAACUUGUAUCAGAUCCGGAACCUGAAGGAGCCGGAGGCAGGUCCACCCUUCACCAUCAGUGGCCACGUCAGCAGUUCAGAUGGUGGCUACGUGAAGUUCUCCAACAGGCUAGUCUGAUGGGGGAGUGUCAGCCUCUGGAGCCCUGGAGAGGAGGAGGCUCCUGGCUCAGCACCUGCUCCUCCGGGGCCCCCGGGCUACUUUCACCCUCCUAGGUCUUCAGGGUCUGGCCUGGUCCCUUGUUGUGGACAGUGAGGAGUCACUCUGGGUGCACCUGGGAGAACCCCCAAGAGGGGUCUGGGCUCUGGAGACAGUCUGGUAGAGUAGCAGUGGCUUUCUCAUACAAAACAAAAUGGCAGGCAUUGCCUAAGAGUAAAGACUCCUUCCUAGGUGUCCCUGGGGUUCCUGAGCCUGUGGAGGGGUUCCAGGUGUCCUGGAGAACAAAGCCCUCCCAGCUCAGCCCUGUGUGACCAGGGCCUGCAGACCCAGAAGGGUGCUGUGCAUGGGGCGUCCCCAGUCACUUCCCCUUAAAGGGCUGACUCCAGAGGCCGGAAAACCAGUCAGAUCUUCAAUAGGCAAAGUCAUGUGGGAGUGGAGUGGAGGUGAUUCCAGAUACUGUUUUUAACCUUGCUACCAUAAACCAACUUCCUCUAAGAGCUGAAGGCUGAGCUUGGCCUUUGCCCUGCCCUUCCCCGCUCUGUGCUCGGUUCUGGUGCUUUUCAACCCUCCCGUGCCCCUGUCCGCCACCUGGGUCUGUUUUCCCUGCUGCUGACCAGCCGCCGUGCCUCCCAAAUAAUUUGGAGGUCGCUACUUAAAAUAGUCUAGAAACAUGGUCUUACUCGAUUUUCUAGGCUCCUGCAAUGGGUGGGCAUGCGUUGGCGGUGGAGAACUCUCCCUGUAUUCUGCAUUUCCUGUGCAAGGCUUGACCUGUGAUGGGGAGGGCAGACCAGAAAUGGAAGGAGUCGGGGAGGAAACCAGGCGAGGCUAAAAAAAAAAAAAAAACAAAAAACCCAGCUAAUGUGCGAGGGAAGUCACGAACCAAGUGUAGGCUGAUGGACGGUAGAGCUGUCUGCCUUGGGAGUCAUUACUUGUUCCUCUGGUCUGUGCCCUGCUCGACCUGAGGUGGAGGCUGCCCUGGGGUGUCUUCUUAGUAGGCCUUUAAUGCAGAGUCGUUCAAUCCAGAGAGACUGAGCUCCUGGGGCAGCUGUGGACAGAGCAGAGCCUGAGAGAGGCCCUGCCAGUGCUGAAACCUGAGUGAAAACAACCUGCCGACAUCCCAGGACCAAGGCCAAUAUGAUGCCGGAGCCCAGGACAGUGAUAGGCGAGGAGGAGAGAAGUCAUAUUAUUCGUCUUCCUGUCCUUGCUUCCUCAGGGCAUGGUUUCUUUCUUGCUUUGGGUUCUAGCCGAUUGAGAAAGAAGGAAGGAAGGAGAGGGGGCAUUACCAGCCCCUGUGCCCUCCCUCCCUGCUGGGAUCCGAGGGCCAUUCUCUCAGCGUAGCCAAGCUCUGACUUCGUAAACCAAAUCUCUAGAUUUGGAGGUCUUCAUCUGGGCCCCAACUCUCCUAUCCCUGAGUUGGUGAGAGUCGGGCAGAGCCUUCACAGGGUUUCUAUCCGUCUCUCCCUUGAGGGCUUUAUUGGGAGAGCGGUGAGGAGGUUUGGAUGGGCUGACUUUGACAUCCUUCUUGGGUUUCAGUUCUGAGGCUGGGCCCCAUUCCUGAACUCCUGGGGCGUCCAGCCUCAAAAACACCCUCGACAGUGCCCUGCUCGGCAUGGACCCUGGGUCUGCAGCCCGUACGGGUCCCUGAAUGUGCUCAGGGCCUCAGCAACUUCAGCAACUUUGGGGAAACAUGAAAGGUUGGGGCCCGGGGCUCAGGUGGUCCUGCCCCAGGUUUGGUGGCCUCAGGUAGGGAGGCAGGAGCAGCUGCUGAGGGCUGGGAGAACGGAGGGUAUUUCCCAUCCUUGGGAGCAGAACUGAGACUGGGCCACUUCCUCUUUUAGGGUCCUCUGACGUGCUCCCUGUCCCCUCUGCCUCCUUCUUGGUUUCCUGACUUCCGCAGUCCUCUGGGCUAACACAGCUUUAGCCUUGACCCCGGGCCUCACCCAAGGAUUUGACCUGAAUUUUUUGAGAGCCCUGAAGUGGCGGCUUCCAGCGUAUUCAGGAACGAUUAGGGAACAGAUGCCUGGAAACCUGGCUACUGGUCCGGGUGGGCUGGGCACUCAGACCCAUGGCCCUGCCGGGGCCUCCCCCACAGCCUCCUCUUCCUCUUGACGAUCCUUUCUGCUAGCCCCAAGAGCCAGGAUGCAGUCAGGAGAGCCAGCAGUUCUAUGGGCUGGCCAUUCCCGGUCCCUCUGCCACCCUGUUCCUCUCUAGUGCCUUUGCCAGGGCUUCUGGAAAUGUCUUCUCCCUCCCUGCGACCCCCUCCUAGCCACAGCUAGUCUCCAGGGUUGCCUCAAGUGUCUUCUUCCCUGUGGCUUCCUUCAGGAUUCCCGGCUCAUUGUCACCCGUUAGAUCCUGAUGGGAGGUGGCCAUGUGUCCUCCAUUCGUGCUGUUCCCCAACCAGGGUGGGCCCUUUGUGGGCAGGGUUAUUGUCCCAUAGGUCUUUAAUAACUGCCAGAAACAGGCCACGUAGGAAGUGCUCCAGAAUACAGUAGGCACCCCCCAGCGUGGCUCCGGAGGGCUGCCUUGUCCUAGAGAAAGACGCCCAGUGACCGGAGGAGCCACACUGCUUGCACAGCACAAUGUGCAGAGAACAAAUUAUCUUCACGCGCGUCGCUGCGACUUAACCCCUGUGGCAGCCUUGUGACGUGGGGAGUCUAGUAGUGGCCGCAUAUUGCCUCUGGUGACACUGAGGCUCAGAGAGCUAGCCUGCCUUACCUGAGGCUGCACAGCUGCUGACUGUCCGGGAGCCUGAGUAGAGUUUGAGGCCUCACAGAUGGAGCCUGACCCACAGGCUUAGUGGGCUGACGAAUGAACACUGUCGAACAGGGUCCAGCCCUGGCCUGCCCUGCCGUGCUGGGUGGGGCCACGGGCUCGUCACUUCACCAUGGAUCUGUGUCUCUGCAUCUGGAAAUUGAGGGAUCGGACUAUUUCUCUAAGGCUCUGCUCUCUUACCUGAAGGAGCAAAAGGAUCCUCUGAUUUUGUUGUUGCUUUUCUCUCUGUGUUGUGUCUAGCGUGAGACCUGGCACAUAGUAGGUGUUCAAUAAACAAAAGAUGCAAAUACA